AGCACAAUGGGAAAAAAACAGAACAAGAAGAAAGUGGAAGAGGUCUUAGAAGAAGAGGAGGAGGAGUAUGUGGUGGAGAAGGUCCUGGAUCGACGGGUGGUAAAGGGCAAAGUGGAAUACCUGCUGAAGUGGAAAGGCUUCUCAGAUGAAGACAACACGUGGGAGCCUGAGGAGAACCUGGACUGCCCAGACCUCAUUGCUGAGUUCCUGCAGUCCCAGAAAACAGCCCACGAGAGCGAGAAGUCGGAGGGGAGCAAGCGCAAGGCAGAGUCUGACACAGAGGAUAAAGGGGAAGAGAGCAAACCAAAGAAGAAGAAGGAGGAGUCAGAGAAGCCUCGAGGCUUCGCCCGGGGCUUUGAGCCGGAGCGGAUCAUCGGCGCCACGGACUCCAGUGGGGAGCUGAUGUUCCUCAUGAAGUGGAAGAACUCCGACGAGGCCGACCUGGUGCCCGCCAAGGAAGCCAACAUCAAGUGCCCACAGGUGGUCAUCUCCUUCUACGAGGAGAGGUUGACAUGGCACUCCUACCCCUCAGAGGAUGAUGACAAGAAGGAGGACAAGAACUAA